CAAUUUCACAUGAUAUGAUGAUAGUCAUUAUUAGAAGUAGAUUUGUAUUUUACUAUUUUAUAGUCUAAAGUCUAUGCAUAAGCUAUUAUAUACUAUCCAAUAUUGAAAGUGUCAUUUAAAUAUCAGUUGUACAUUUAAUCAAAAAUUGUUGUUCUAAUUUCUUGAAAAAGGUCAAAGUAAAAUAAUUUCCUUUUAAUCAUGACUAAACCAGUAACACAUGUUCUGUUUGAUAUGGAUGGCUUAUUAUUAAAUACUGAGGAUUUAUACACGGUAGCAUUUCAGAACAUUGUUUCACAAUAUGGUAAAGAUUACACAUUUAAUUUAAAAUUAAAAUUAAUGGGAUCUCAAGCCCAUGAGACAGCACAAACAAUUGUUUCUGAGCUGGAAUUACCAAUAACGCCAGAAGAAUUCAUACAUGAAAGUAAAAAACAGUUUGAAGUGUUGUUUCCAGAUACAAAUGUUAUGCCAGGUGCAAAGAGACUUAUUGAGCAUUUACAUAAUAAAGGUAUACCACUAGGACUGGCAACCAGUUCAAGUGAAGAAAGCUAUCAUUUGAAAGUUGAUAAGCACCACCAAGCAUUAUUUUCUUUACUUCCAUACAAAACAUUUGGCUCUUCAGAUCCCAAUGUUAAAAAGGGAAAGCCACACCCAGACAUAUUUUUAGUAGCUGCUUCAAAAUUUCCAGAAAAACCUCAAGCUGAGCAGUGCCUAGUCUUUGAGGAUGCUGUUAAUGGUGUAAAGGCAGCAAGGGCAGCUGGCAUGCAAGUUGUUAUGGUUCCUGAUCCCCGAGUAGACAAGAGUCUGACAGAAGAAGCCACUAUUGUCUUACAAAGCUUAGAGCACUUUAAACCAGAAAUAUUUGGACUACCACCUUUUGAAGAUUAAACAAUAAACCAAAAUAAGCUUAGAAAAAUUAGAUAGAAUUUAUAAUGACUCCAUAACUUUAUAAAUGGUAUUGGAAAGGUUACAUAGAGAUAUUAUAUGUAUAUUUUGUGAAAUCAAUAAACAAGUAGACAAUCUAACUUUAUGAGAUUUACACAAAAAAAUUAGUAAAAAAAUAUACUUUUGUUCA